GGCGGGAUACUAUAUUCCCCCAAUUCCAAUUUUAAACAAUCGAAUUUUAUUCGAUUAUAGAACGAUCGUGUGAAAAACAUUAGCUUUAAUGUUGUAUAAUCUUUAUUUUUAUUGAAUGAAGAAAGGUUAGUGCUCAAAUAAAGAAUUAAUAAUUAAAAAUAGUGUGUUCGCAUCGCUGAUAGAGCGUCAGAAUGUGCCAGCGGUCUCGGUACAUCAAUACAAGUGUUGGACGCGUUAUCGAUUGACCACGCUCCUUCAGCUUUGUAGACAGCUACAAAGAUGGCUGACAAUGUGGCGUUUGAUGAUGAGAAGCUGGUGGUAGGCAGUCCGAACCAAAGGAACUGGAGGGGCAUUCUCAUCGCGUUGCUUGUUAUUGUACUCGUGCUGGCGUUGAUUGUGACGUCAGUGGUGCUAUUGACACCACCAGAUGAAGGCCCACGGGUGAAAGGCAGGCGGCUAAAGAUACAAGACUUAGUUUCUGACGACCUGGUACCUGUAAGAUGGAACGGCACGUGGAUUUCUGGUGAUGAAUUUGUAUACCGAGACCCGUGGGGCGGCAUUAGUCUUAUGUUCGCGGCCAAUCAGACGUCCAAAACCUUGAUGCCAAACACCACAUUUAGAGUUCUAGAACCAGCAUCGUUCUCGUUAUCAGCUGACCGUCGCUUCCUGCUGCUCGCGCAGAGCCCGCGCAAGCUGCACCGCUUCUCCUACCUCGCUAGGUACAUGGUGUACGAUAUAUUGACCACCGAAUCCUACCCCCUCACGCCUCUACCAGACGAAGUGGGGGGCGGCGUGAUCUCCGAGGGUCCCCUGCUGCUCCUCGCCAUGUGGACACCCAAGGGCCACGGGCUGGUCACUGUCAAGGACUGUGAUAUCUACUACCGACCGGCGCCACGGUCUUCCACGGGGUAUAGAGUCACGGAGACGGGUGUACCCGGGACGAUUUAUAAUGGAGUGCCUGAUUGGUUGUAUGAAGAGGAGAUCCUCAAAUCCCGCUCAGCAUUAUGGAUGUCAGCUGACGGUCACAUGGUGCUAUACGCGACGUUCAACGACUCUUUGGUGCAUGAGCAGAAGUAUGCUUGGUAUGGAUCAGCGUUGGACACUGAUGAUCCUGCCAAGACGUACCCGGAGAUCAGAAGUGUAAGGUAUCCAAAGCCUGGGACCAAUAACCCGGUUGUGAAGCUCACAGUGGCAGAUAUUGCGGACCCGAAACACAUACGGACGAGACAUCUGUCCCCGCCGAAAGCUAUUCUUGAGGAAGGUGACUAUUAUUUCACAAGUGCGCAGUGGGUGUCGCUCACUGAAGUGUGUGUGGUCUGGUUGACUAGACUACAGAACCUGUCUGUAGUGUCUGUUUGCAAGAGUCCUAUGUGGUACUGUCAGGAGGUAUACAGGAUAUCAUCCGGCUCAGAGAGCUGGGUGGAAUCCGCCCCCGCGCCCCUGUGGUCAGCGGGGGGCGGAGCGCUAGUCACGCUGGCCCCCGUACGGGACGGUCCCGCGGGGCUCUUCCGCCACGUGGUGCGCUCGGAGCACAACGCGCACGGGCCCAGGGCUUUGCCCCUCACGCAUGGCAGCUUUGAUGUCGUCAGACUGUUGGCGUGGGACCAUGUUAAUCAGCAUGUUUACUACCUAGGUAUACCAGAAGGCAAGCCGGGUCAGCAACACUUGUAUCGAGUUUCCUCUGAACCGCCCCGUCCGGGAACUCCGCACAAACUGCCUUACUGCGUCACUUGUAUAUCUCAUCCCUCACCGUCAAUAAACCUAGACUACUACGGCAACCUGGCGUCGUAUCUAUACAGCUCAUGGGACAGUGACGCGGACGAAGAGUUACCAACAUCUCCUACACCUAGCAAAAAGAAGAAGAAAAAACCUAUGGAUGGUAUUCCAAAGAACUUGCCAUGUCUAUUCCACGAUGCUCACUUCAGUCCAUCAUCAGCGUACUUCGUGUUGGAAUGUCUGGGUCCGGGAGUACCGAUAUCGAGUUUGCAUAAAACUGCGCUGCCUGAACCGAGACUGAUCCUGCAUUUGGAGAAUAAUACUUCUGUUAAGGAAAAGCUCUCCGGUAUAGCCCUACCAACACCACGCACGUUCUCAGUGCAGCUAUCUAGCGGGCACGCGGCUCGGGUGCGGCUGCUCCUACCGCCCGGUCUACGGGAAGAUGAGGUUACUAAAUACCCGCUAGUGUUAAAAGUCCACGGCGUCCCCGGCACGCAGCUGGUGACGGACGAGUGGUCGCUGGAGUGGGGCUGUGCGGCGGCGAGCGGCGGGGCGAUAGUGGCGGCGGUGGACGCGCGCGGCGCGGGCGGGCGCGGGCUGGCGGCGCACCACGCGCUGCACCGCCGCCUGGGGACCGUGGAGCUGGCCGACCAGCUCGAGGUGGCCGAGUACCUCCGCGAGUCGCUGCACUUCGUGGACGCGCGGCGCGUGGCGGUGUGGGGCGCGGCGCACGGCGGGUUCCUCGCCGCGCUCGCGCUCGCCAGCUCGCUCGACGUGUUCCACUGCGCCAUCGCCGUCGCGCCCAUCGUGCGCUGGCGGUACUACGCAUCAGCGUACGCGGAGCGGUACAUGGGCUUCCCGAACGCGACGGGCAACUACCGCGGCUACGCGGACGCUGACGUCACCAAGCAGGCGCGGGCCCUGCGCGACAAGAUGCUGCUGCUCGUGCACGGCACUGCUGAUGAUACCGUGCACUUGCAGCAGAGCAUGGCCCUCGCGAGAGCCCUGGCUGACCAGGGCUCCAUGUUCCGUCUGCAGAUCUACCCGGACGAGGGCCACAGCCUGUCCGGGGUCCGGCGGCACGUGUACCGCAGCAUGUCCUUGUUCCUGGACGAGUGCUUCCGCAAGCUCGUGCCGCCCGAGAGCAAGGCCGGCCUCAGGAACGGCGGCAACCUCGACUGAGACACGUGGGGGGAAGAGGAGCUCUACUCUUGGUAAUCGCAUAAAGACUAUAUCGAAGAACCAGUAGUACAAUUUUUUCCAUAUCUCCUCGACUGCGGCCGCAUCAGUGUGCUUGUGAUGACAACUUAUAUGAUGCGACCAUUUUGUGAAUCGUGAUUCGUGAACCUCUCUUCCUCUGCGUGCAAAAUUAUAUUUUUGUUUAAAUACCUUAUUAAGAUAUUUAAUUAUCUUAGUAUCUUAGGGCAUUGACGUACAAUGAACAAACUCAUAAUAAUUAUAUUAUGCUCAUAUUAUAACGCUCAAAAUAUGUCCGAAACAAAACUCUGCCGCGCGUGAAUUAGGCAGAGUUUUUUGAGCGAUUGUAAGUCUAGUUAUAGUACGUCAAUGUUUUCAUUGUGGUAGCUAUAAAUAUGGGGUUUUAAUAAAGGUGUUCAUAAUAAUAUUAAUAAUAAGGACGACUCCGCUUCCAUUAUUUUUAGUAACUAAACGAGUUAGU